CAACUCUCUUCAAGACACGAAUAAAUAAAUUGUUGAGCGGAGAAUUGGAAGUUGUGUUUAUAGAGGCAGAUUUCUUAUGACAUAUUUAAUUCAAGUUAUACUGCUAUAAAAAUGUCAUCUUGGAAAAAAGCAUCUAAGAGUAACCAGAAAGUUCAUCGCGAACGUCAUCAACCAGAAUCCCGUAAACAUUUGGGUUUACUCGAAAAAAAGAAAGACUACCAAAGGAGAGCACGUGAUGCGGAACGCAAAGCGAAAACAUUGCACUUAUUGCACAAACGCGCCUUAAAUAAAAAUCCGGAUGAGUUUUAUCAUCAUAUGAUACGUUCCAAACUAAAGGAUGGGCAACAUCAUGAACAAGAUGAAAGCGAAAAGGAUGAGCAUAGCAAGGAACAGAUAGCGUUGAUGCAGACGCAAGAUCUAAAAUAUGUAACUAUGAAACGCACAAUAGAGACCAAAAAAAUCAAACGUUUGCAGUCGCAACUACACAUGAUCGAUUUUGCUAAUACAGUUCCUAAUACACAUAUUUUCUUUGUCGAAGACGAUAAUACGAAUGAUGGCACAGUUGCAGAGUCCACAGAAUUCGAUUUAGCUAAACAUUUAGACACACACCCUGAUCUUAUAGAACGCAAAACAAAUAGGCCGAGGCUGUCCCAUCUUGACAAAAUUAACCUUACAGUACUAAAUCCUUAUGAAAUCAAAAAAGCGAACGCUUUAAAACAGCAGGCUUAUCAAGAAUUAACGAAACGUAUAGAGCGAGAAAAAGAGUUGGCUAUAGUGCAACAAAAGUUGGCAAUUAAAAAAGCUUUGCAACAACCUCGUUUACAAAAGCCGAAAAAAAUACAGAAAGGAACCAAGGAUGCUCCCCCAGUUUAUGAAUUUAAAUAUGAACGAAAAAAGUGAAAUGCUUUAAUCUGUGAACUAUAUAUAUCUCUUAAAGUUUUAAUCUAG